CAAGCCUCUCACUAUUUGUCUCAAAUUCAACAUGAUGAGAAAAAUGAGCGUCUUUUUUCUUUCCCCAUUUGUCAUAAUUAUCAUCCUCUUCUUCUUCAACUUGUCAAUAGCAGCAGAUUCCAUGUAUAAUGUCCUAAACUACGGAGCAAAGUCUGAUGGAAAAUCCGAUUCGUCGAAGGCUUUUCUUAGUGCAUGGACUGCAGCAUGUACUUCUACUAGCCCUGCCACCAUUUUCGUGCCAAAGGGAAGUUACUUGCUUGGUAAUGCAUAUUUCUAUGGUCAAACAUGCAAGAGUAAUGCCAUUACUAUACGUAUUGAUGGCACACUUAUAGCUCCCUCUGACUAUAAUGUUAUUGGGAAAUCUGGAAGCUGGAUUAAAUUCGAACGAGUCACUGGAGUUUCGAUCAUUGGUGGAACCCUAAAUGGACAAGGUGCCCGUCUUUGGGCAUGCAAAAACUCCGGCAAAGGUUGUCCUAAAGGAGCUACGACUUUAGCUUUCUACAACUCAAACAACAUUGGAAUAAGUGGAUUAACUUCACAAGACAGCCAAAUGUUCCACAUUUUGUUCGAUGGGUGCCAUAAGGCGAAGUUACAAGGAUUGAAGAUUUCAGCUCCCGGAAAUAGUCCCAACACUGAUGGAAUUCAUUUACAGUCAUCGACUGAUGUUACCAUCUUGAAUUCUCAUAUUGGAACUGGCGAUGAUUGUAUCUCAAUUGGUCCUGGCAACUCCAACUUGUGGAUCGAAAACAUUGCCUGCGGCCCCGGCCACGGAAUAAGCAUUGGGAGCUUAGGUUGGGAUAUGCAAGAGCCAGGAGUUCAAAACGUGACAGUUAAAACGGCAACAUUUACUAGAACCCAGAACGGAGUGAGGGUCAAAACAUGGGCUAGGCCUAGCAAUGGCUUCGUGAGGGAUGUUCUUUUUCAACACGCGGUGAUGAAUAGUGUCGAAAAUCCCAUCAUCAUAGAUCAAAAUUACUGCCCAGAUCGUGGAAAUUGUCCUGAUCAGGGCUCUGGUAUUAAGGUCAGCGAUAUAAAGUACCACGACAUACAUGGGACAUCGGCCACAGAAGUUGCAGUAAAAUUCGAUUGCAGCAAAACAAAUCCAUGUAAUGAGAUAACGCUACAAGACGUGAAUCUUAAUUUUAAAGAUCAUCCAGCUGAAGCUUUAUGUGUUAAUGCUGGAGGAAAGGCUUCGGGUCUACAACAACCAAAUAGCUGCUUACGAACUUGAAGAAAAGAAGAGGAAAACUCCAUUUCUUAUUAUAUUUAUAUUUACAUAGGAGAUUAAAAUUAUACAGUAGUAAUUUUAAUUUUAAAACACCAUUAAUUAGACUUGCUUGAGCCUGGUUGCAAGAUUUUUAGCCUUCUUGACGUCGUGCCUGGCCUUGCACGAUCUCUGCUCCCCCAGAAUAUAAUGGAUGUAUUAAUCUAUUCAAUUUCAUUAAUCUCAAGCAUUCUGCAGUUCUGUGAUAUAAUUUGUAUUUUGCUCUUAGUCGGGAUCAAUUGUUCUUAUUAGUUUUUUGCAUUUUUUUAUACAUGUUAUCUUUCGCUACUA